AUGGCUCUCCCCGGCCAAAUCCUCGGUCCCUCCACAUCCUCCCCAAUUGGCACAGGAACACACAUCACAGGCCCAAACCUCAUAGCCAGCAUCUCAGGUCCCCCCCUCACAACCACCACCAACAAAUCCUCCAAAACAACGACAACAACCACCACAUCCAUCCCCCGCCUAUCAGGUCCCCUACUCCCCACAACCUCAACCAUAAUCCUCGGAAAAAUCACCCGCACCACCCCGCGCCAAGCGCACCUCUCAAUCCUCGCCUUGGGAGCCUCAGGUACACACGUCUGUUCCGAGCCCCUCCCCGCAUUGAUCCGCCAACAAGACAUACGCRCGACGGAGAUUGWUAAAGUCAAAGUCGCCGAGUCCUUUCGCGUGGGAGAUAUUGUGCGGGCGGAAAUUAUCUCGCUGGGGGAUGAGAGGAGUUAUUAUGCGAGUACGGCGAGGAAUGAAUUGGGGGUUGUGAUGGCUGUUAGUGAGGUGGGGAAUUCGAUGGUGCCGGUUAGUUGGAGGGAAUUUGAGGAUUUGGAGACGGGGAGGAGGGAGGUGAGGAAGGUUGCUAAGCCGGUUUGA